UGAAAAUAAAAAUACUUUACUGUUGUAAAGACAAAUUAUUAAACCAUGUGGACAAAGUGACACGUAUAUAUUAUAGACAUAUCACCUUUAAAACAUAUAGAUAAUUCAUUGAAUAGACACAACUUCUCACAAUGAUAUUGAUUUAAAAAUGAGCCUUUGUCUAUCUGAUGCUUUGGUAAGAUGUUGUCUCCUUGUCACAUAGAUUCUGUUCACAUAAUAGUAUCAGAUUUCCAAAAAAUAAAAAACCAAAAGAUUAAAUCUUUCUUUCUUUCCCUCUAUGGACAUGCAUAUGCCUCAUUUUGAUUUUUGUUUCUCUUCUUCCCCUUCUCAAAGGUGAGAGACCUACUACUGCUGUGGGAAAGGAGUGUGCGAAUAUCAUACACAUACACGCAAUUGUUUUUGAGACUGAGUCUUACUGUAGCCCAGGCUGGCUUCACGUUUGCUGAGUAGCUGAACACUAAAAUGUCUUCUCUUCGGUGCCUUGGGAUUACUGGCGCAGUGUCUGCCAGGCUGAAUAAAAAUAUGCUUUUAACGAUGAGGUAGGGCUGGGGACAGGGCAAACAGACAGACAAACAAACAAACCCUCUUAGAACUCCUUCGGAGCUAUUUAUUUAUACCUGCUGCUCUUCCAGUGCUGGGGACUAAACCUAUACCCUAGGCAGGCUGCAGAGUUAUACCCGGUUCCGUUCGUGUUUAUCUUUAAAUGGCAAAUGAUUCUCGGUGCUAUUUGGACCUAAACUUCUGAGAAAGAAAGAAAAAGGGAAGUAGAUAAAUAAGCAUUCUCCUCCCAUCCGUGAAGAUAAGCUAGAGCUGGCUUCAGGACAGCUCCUCCCCCAUCCUGAGAAACAGCUCUGUCCCCCGAAGCCGUCCCAUGGGGUUGAGGAUUCUGGUGAUGGAUUCAGAUUUUAACGCAACCCUCUGCCACACUGAGACUCCUCUCAGUGAGGCCAGCCAGCCCUUGCCGCCACCUUGCCACCUUCGCUGUAGCACACACGGUUUAGGGAGCAACUGUCCCUUGUAAAUCCCCUGGGUCCCUGUAACAGAAGCUGACCUGGAAAGGGAAAUUCCCAGCGGGAAUUUAUGCAGCUGUGGACAGUUACAGAUGGCGAGAGAAGUUGAACAGUGCUUGGGAGUGGGGGGAUUUUGGUUUUCAGAAAGAAAGCCCCGGUACACCAGAUCCUCCCACAACCUCAGUGUGACUGGCCCAGUGCGGGUGGCUCUAGGCACCCUAGAACUCUGGAAAGUCUUUCAGCCUGCAGUGCCUGUUUUUUGUUGUUGUUGUUGUUGGUGGUUUGUUUGUUUGUUUUUUUGUUGUGUUUUGUUUUGAGACAGCCCUGGCUGUCCUGGAACUCACUCUGUAGACCAGGCUGGCCUCGAACUCAGAAAUCCGCUUGCCCCUGCCUCCCAAUUGCUGGGAUUAAAGGCUUGUGCCAUCACUGCCUGCCGGCUCCAGUGCCCAUUUGGAGUAUACUGCACGAGGUUUCCCACUAUGCCCUUUGGCUUGCCCACCCACAUCCAGGUCCUUGUGUCUUGUCUCCAGGAUCUUAGUCGUGUUCCCCUUUGGGCCUCCCACGGGCUGACGUGCCUGGUAGGCUCGCUGUCAGGAUGGGUAGAAAUGAAGAGGAGGCAGUGGGGUGAGAGAGAAGUGAGGGGUUUCUUGCUGCCUCAUGAGACACAGCUGGGAUAUACAAGUUUUCCUCUAGAACAGGGCCAUGCCACCUCCUCCUCUUUAUAGUGAGGGGGGCUCCAAGUGAUAAAUUCAUCCACACACUUCCGACAACUCAACAUGGCCAGUAAUCUCGAUUUCCGAAAUGUUUGUUUCUAGUCCUGGGAUCAAAGCUGGUCGGUCUCCAGCCUUCUCUGGUUCAUCUUCCAUGACCCGUUACCACCCUCUCCCCUCUGCCAAGUGACAAUAGUCAGGAGUUGGGGAGAGUAGAGCCCUCUCACGGCUCUGACCAGGUGCUGUCUCUCUUCACCCCGUCAUCCUCCCUGCGGUUCCUGAUCACUUUUCCAUCUCCCUAAGAUUUUUUUCCUAUCAACCUGCCAGUCACAGCCGGCUUGGGUGACUUGGAGACUCUGCAGACCCUGUCUUCCUUUCAAGUUAGCCCCUCUCUCCCCAAAUCAGCCUCGGGUCCUUAUUUGGAUCAGGAUCGUCACUAGGACAGGUUCUCCCCAAGAUGGAAUUUCCUCCUAAGUGGACAGCUCCACCAUUCGCCCCGAGCGGACGCUUUUCCACUCUCCAAGAGAGUUUUCAGGGAGUCCCAGGACUGCAACUGGUCAGAACUAGGACUGCCCGAGAGGUGACGGUCUUGCGGCUGCCCCUCUCCUUCGGCCCUGGGGCGGAUUACGGUCCUCAGUGGGGAGUGGGAAAGGGGCGAGCCUCCUGGUGCGGGUACUUUCCGACGCUGGAAACUUGCUUAGCCUUUGGCGUCUCCGGACUCCAUCUCCGCCCGGGCCCCCAGGGAGCAGCCCUUGGCGGGGCGGGGCGCCUGCUGUCCCUCACGCUAGCUUUCAGCCUCUCGAGUUACAGCUUCAGGAUCUCCCGAACAAGCCUUUCCCUGCUCGGGACAAAGUGGCCGUGUGGUGGUGGCACGGUUUGGAGAGGAUCUCUGAUGCUCCCGGGACUCUAACCGGGAAGGCGCCCCGCCCGCUGCCUCGCUUUCACCCCGCCCGGCGGGGCAGGGAAAGCCCCCGGCGGCUCCUCCCACCCAAGGGGCUUUUCUCCAGUCGCCAGUGACUUUGCACCGGGAGCGCAGCCGCCUGGAGCUGCUUUCUGCCAGGCUGGAGCGCGCGGGGCUCCUGCUCUUCUGCGAACGCAGGGGCCAAGGGUCGGUGACCUCCGGGCGCGCCCCGUUUUCGUGUCCCCUAAUUCGAGCCCCAGCCCCCGGCCCGCGCCUUGGCCUCCAGCAUGGUGCUGCUGGCUGGGCCCGGGCCGGAGGGCGGCGGGACACGCUGCUUGUCCCCGCAGUCGCCGACGCCACCCCGUAGCGAGCAGACAGGAGAAGACCCAGCGGACUACGAGGAGUACGAAGACUUCUCUAGUCUGCCGGACACCCGCAGCAUCGCAUCGGACGAUUCCUUCUACCCUCCCGGAGGCGAGGAAGAGUACGGCUCGGUGAGCGCGGAGAGCGUCCCGGAGGGCGUCCCUGAGGCGGCGACCCUCCUGCGCGCCGCCUGCGCCAACGACGUGGGGUUGCUGCGGGCGCUAGUGCGGCGCGGGCCGAGUUCCGAGGAGGUACGGGAGACUGACCGCAACGGCCGGACUGGCCUUAUUGUUGCGUGCUACCAUGGCUUUGUGGAUACCGUGGUGGCCUUAGCAGAGUGUCCCCACGUUGACGUCAACUGGCAGGACAGCGAAGGGAACACAGCCCUGAUCACUGCUGCACAGGCAGAUCUGGAAAUGGAUUCGCCUAGAGCUGCGCUGGGAAGGGGCUGACUGGCAUGCAGGAGGGAGCGCGCAUCUCUCUGUGUGCUCUUGGAACAGCACACUUAGCCACCGAAUCAGGAAGGAUUCAGAAUGGAGCUGCCACCAGCUAGAGUCUUCACCGUAGAGCCACCUCCGGAAGGCAGGCUUGCCUGCCUCUCAGAGCACUGACAACCCUGGAGACUGGGCGGCGUGGUACUGGUGGCCUGGAGCCACAGUCUCGUGCUUUACUGACAGUUAUGUAAUUAGAUCCACUGAGAAGGUGACCUUGCUUUUUACCUAUAAAGAAACGCCAGGGACAGCUCUCCGCGAGCUUCAGAGAAUUCGUGUAACAGAGCGAGACUAAAUUAGUAAGAGUCCUGUGAAAGUGGAUUCAAGUACAUGUCAGGUCAUCUCUGGGAGUGAAUAUAUAUGCCACCAUUACCAAGGGCAUGGGGGUGCCCAGGGAUUUGUGGUCCAUUCAGAGUGCUGUGAUGUAGCUUAGGAGGCUGCAGGCUGAGUGCAUUUGAAACAAGCAUUUCAUUCAAUCACUUUAACAUAAAUGCUUACACUUUUCCAAACGGUUGUGUAACUGACCAUUCCCUACAUUCUUAGCUUUUAUACAUCAGUAAGCCCGUUGUAUCCUGAGAUUCCCCAUUUGCAGAUUCAACAUGGAUUAAAAAAAAAAAAAUAAACAGUUGUAAUCGGAUCUGGAAUAGGGCCUAUAGAUAGCUCAGUGGUAAGUCGCUUGCUAGCCAAGGAUAAGGCCCCAGACUUGAUCUUGAGUAAAACAAAAUAAAACAACAACAGCAAUAAAACCAUUCAGAUGACAGGUGUGUCAGCACUAAAGCACAUACAGACAUUUUCACUCACCAUUAUUUGCUUAAAAUACAGUAUAAUAAGUAUUUGAUAUAUCUACACUGCAUUAAUUACUGUACAUAAUCUAGGGAUGGAUUAACCACACAAUACAAUGUGUGUAGGUUAUAUACCAAUACCACACCAUUUUACAAAAUUAAAAAUUAUUUUACUUUUUGUGUAUGUAUGUUUUGCCUAGUGUGCGCCUGUGCACCACACACAUGCCAUGCCAAGGGAGGCCAGAAGAGGGCGCUGGAUCCUUUGGAGCUGCAGUUACUUGAUGGUUGAGCCACCAGGUAGAUGCUCGAAACAAUUCAUGGUCCUUUGGAAGAGCAGUGAGUGCUCUUAACCUCUGAGCCACCUCUCCAGCCCCUACUCCAUCAUUUUAUAUAAGAUACUCGAGAACCUCAGGGUUUUGGUAUCUACAAGGGUACUGGAACCUGUUCUCAAAGACACCAAGGAUGACAGUCUAGGUCAUCAGUCAGGUUCUUAGCACAAGUAACUUGUACGUAGCCCAUGGCUGUGUCAGGAAGAAGAGGCCUUUGUGUCCUGAAGGACUGUGGGACAGCUUGGGUGGUGUCUCGGUUAGGGUUUCUAUGGCUGUAAUGAAACACCAUGACCAAAACAACGUGGGGAGCAAAAGGCUUAUUUGGCUCAUGCUUGCACAUCACUGUUCAUCAUUGAAGGAAGCCAGAACAGGAACUCAAACAGGGCAGGAACCUGAAGAUAGGAGCUGAUACAGAGGCUAUGGAGGGGUGCUGCUUACUGGCUUGCUCAGCCUGCUUUCUUAUAAAACCCUGUACUGUCACCCCAGGGAUGGCACCACCCACAAUGGGCUGGGCCCUCCCCCAUCAAUCACUAAUAAAAAAUGUCCCCCCCCCACCCCCGCCCAGGUUUGCCUGCAGCUGGUCUCACGGGAGCAUUUUCUUAAUUGGGGCUCUCUCCUCUCUGAUGACUUUAGCUAUGUCAAGUUAAGACUCUCCCACACAAGUGGGAACUGGGCUCAAGGCUCUGAAGCCAAAGUGCCCAAGUGUGGUGAUACUGGUAGAAGCCUCUGUAGCUGCCCCAAAGAGAAGAGAACUCUACUGUCUCUCUUGCUUUCUAGGUUCCAUGUCAAGGGCUCUCUGUAUGGAUCUCAUCAGGUGACACAAGGGAGGAGACACACUGGCAUCUAACUAUGUCAACUUCCUUAGCGGGAGUAGUCUGUGCACCCCACAGGCCAGUCCAGAUGUUCUUGCUGGAAUUUCCCAAAGUCACUGUGUCAGCACACGGCCCUUCCCUCCCCCAUUUCUAGAGUGGGGGUUUUAUUCUAUUGGAGGAUCCCAGAUUUUGGAAGCCCAGAUCUCAACCACCGGCAGCGGGUGUGUGACAGCACCUCUGUCAUAGCUUAAUUUCUGUUGCUGUGAUGAAAUGCCCCACCACACACACACACAAAAAGGGUCAGCUUCAAGGAGAAAGGCCUUACUUUAAUUCACAGUUCCAGGUUACAUCCAUCAUAGCAAGGAAGUCAAGGGCACCAGAACUUAAACUGGUUAUUCCUGUCAUAGCCACAGUCAAGAGCAGAUUGAACGAUGCCUGCCUGCUUGCUAUUCAGCUCUGUUUAUCUACUCUAUUCAAUCUGGGACCCACUAUUCAGAGAAUAGUACCAUCUACAGUGGACUGGGUCUUCCUAUAUCAAUUGCAUAAUCAAAACCAUCCCCCACAGACUUGCCCACAGGCCUGAUCUACACUAUCCCUCGUUGUGACUUCUGCCCUGGGCAGCUAUAGAACAUGUCAAGGUGGUGAUUAAAACUAUCCAACACCUAUCCAUCACAGCAGUGGUAGGUGUUUGGCAACCACAGCCAUCAUACAGGAUAUCCUAUGGUCCUAGAACUGUUGGGAAUCAGGGGGUUGGAAGUGAGGCCUCACCCUGCCUUGAGUCUUUCUCCAGCUCCCAGGACAGAGAACUAGACACAGGACCUAGCACUACUUGUUCAGGCAUUAGGGGAGGGACGGGUGUCCUGUGGAUAUGCAGUGGGAACAUUUCACCUGGCGUGGGCCCAGGGCUUGGGCUCAGAACUCUGGGCAGAGAAGCCAGAGGCAGGUUUCUUAGCUAAUGUGUCUCAAAGCCUGGGGCUUGGAUGGAGCUGCAGGGAUGGGUCUCUGGAAUGGAGACAAGGGGAUGGUGUACCUUGUGUGGUGUUAGAGAGUCACUAUCUAGAAGAGAAGAGAGUUCUAUGAUGAAGGUAGGGGCUGGGCCAGUCAAUGUCCUGCAGGGCGGUUCCAGGUGACAUAAUGUAGGGAGGGGACAGAGGAAGGGCUGAGAGCUGUGUGCCAGGAAGACGGCUGUCAGAGGUGUCGCUGUCAGUGAGGAAUGAGGUAGGAGAUUAGACUUUUGGGUGUCUGGUCAGGGAACAGUACAGAUGUGAAGAGUUAAAAAUUAAGAAGCAGGGGGUUGCAGAAGCAUCGUUUGUGUUCGAAAUGCUGGGUGAUAUCAGCGAGGAGGUCCCAGUGGCGAGUGAAGGGCACAGAACCAGAAACAUUCAUGGGAUUAGCACAACUGAGGGCCACGGACAUGGGCAAGAUCGUGAAGAGUGGUAGAAUGUGGAGGAGAGAUCUCUUUUCUGAUCGAGUUGCCACAUUAGUUAGUGCUUGAUGCCCAUGGGGUGCCUUCUGGACUGUGGUCUAUUUGAAAUGCCUCUGGUUUCUAUAAGCAUCGGAACCACAACUUGACUGAGUAUACUCAUACUGGGUGCCCCCAUCCUCCUCCCCCUUGCUCUCCCCUCCCUCUUCACCCCUCCUUUCCUCUCUCCCUUCUCUCUGCUUUCUUCCCUCCCUGGAAUUGGAGGGAGUUAUUGGAGUCCCACCUGCUGUUUGCAUUUUGUUGAUACCUGAAAGUGUCACCUAUACUUCAUGCUUGACAUCAGAAGCAAAGACAUGCACCUGCAUGGCAUGUGUAACUGUCCUUACUACAGUUCAUCUGGCGCCCCCUUCUGGCCUCUGUAGGCGCCAGGCAUGCAUACAGUACAUACACACACACACACACACAGAGAGAGAGAGAGAGAGAGAGAGAGAGAGAGAGAGAGAGAGGAGAGAGAGAGAGAGAGAGAGUCAAAACACUUAUUAUACACAUAAAAUGAAAGUGAUAAAUAAAUCUUUAAAAAUCCUCAGAAGCUAGCUGUCACAUCUCAGGUUCCCUGUGUGCUUGUUUGGGCCCCUCUCCGGGUGUGUGUUUACUUCAGGAAACAGUUUCCAGCUGCUCCUAGAAUCCCAUCUGUCUGUUUGUUCUCAGCCCUCCAGCAUUUAUUCUCACCUGUGGGGUGGAGCGGCCCUUCCAUCCACAGCCCUGUCUUCCGAGCUGGAAAAUGCCUCACGGUCCCCGAGUAGCUUCAUUAUUAUUCAGUCCCCACGGCUUUGAUUACAGCUUCAGUGCUGGCAAAGGAUUUCUCCCCAAAGCUUUAUUGUGAGAAGUCCAGACGAGUUCAGAGGAAAGUGGCGAAGACCAGGUGGCAGCGGUGACUUCGCUUGUUUGCUGUGUGUGUGUGCUGACUGCCCAUAUUAGUUCUUCUCACGGCUGUCAGAAAAUACUUGACUAAAGCAACGUACGGAAGGGGCGUUUAUCUGCUCUGUGGUCUGGGGGUACAGUCCAGCAAAACAGCACAUGCCCCUUUCCCAGGCAGCUUCCAGAACAACACCACAUGUCUGUUCUCAGCAAAGCAUCCUCUCUUGUGUCUACUUCAGCCAAACAUCCUCUCAUAAGACAGUUUCCAGAAAAAAAUAUCACAUGACACAACUGAAUCUCCAAAGAGACCAGAAAUUUCCACUUCAGGUAGAAAUUAACUAGGUGUGUCUCCUAGUUAAUUCUAAGUUUGGUAAAGGUGACAGCAGGGAUUAGCUAUCCUACCAGUUGCAGGUCAAUCACCCACCCCCUGGCCCUUGCAUGCUUCAGCAUACAUCUCCUAAGACAGGAGUGUAGCUAACAACCUAGCACUGCUGCACAUAAGAAAUAUAACAGAGACACAGAUUAUGUACCUCCAAACUGAGAUGAAAAGUCCUCACGCCCCCUACCUACCACAUCCUUAUAGACAAGGGCUCUGCAACAGCUAUAUCCCUAAUAGUUUGGCUGCUCUUUAAACCAUGUGACAUCAGUAUCACACACUGCAGUUGGGUGUCACACCCCACCUUCUUGCUGUCCUGAGUGAGACCUAUGGUCUGUGGUCAUAGGAAUGUCCAGAUUUUUACGCUGCAGCCGUGCACACCCUUAGGUGACAUCCUGGGGACACUGCUGAGGUUCUGUUAAACAGCCCUCUUUGUUUGGCAUUCCAGUGUCUUUCUGCCCACUUGAAGACCGCUUCUUCUCUUUAUAUAGGGGCACACUUUUCCUGUACUGGUUUAAUUUCCUGAUGACCUGGGCCCUGAGCCGGAGGUUCUGGAGCUGUGCUCGGAGCCCAGGGUCAGUGGUUGUAAUGGGACUUUCUCAUAGCCUAGGGCUGUGAACUCUUUCCUCUCUGCUCCCCACUGCCUCAACUCUUUUCUUUUAAUGGCGUGGGGUCCGUGGCAGAAGUUGAGCUGACAUUUUGCCUAGGGUGCUUGGUACCUGCUGGCCCAGGGAACGGGGGCUUGCUUCAGGCAGCCCUGAGUUUGUCACUGGGCUAGGGUGGCUGCCAUACAUCAAAGGGUUGGGGGCGGCAUGGUCACAUCCACUGCCCCUGACUGGGUUGAGCAGCUGGAAGGUGAUGAAUUUGACCGUGCAAGGCUCCCGACACAAGGCCUGGCUGCUUUCCUUGUGUGCUGCUUGGAUAAGUGGGAUGGAUACCCAGUGUUUGGAAAGAAACAAGCAAGGAGUCAGGGGUGAGUGGGAACAAAGACUUCUCCUCUUCCAAGGUUCCUGGUUCCCAGAAGGCGUGUCCAACCUUCUGACAUUGCAACAUGAAGCUAUUGUCUACAGGGUUCACAUUCACACUUGAGACUGGAUGUGUGCAAGGCGGGCAGCUAAAAAUGAACAAAAACAAACAAAAACCCCAUGGAAAUAGCCACUCCAUAAUUAAGGGGGAAGGUUUUUUAUUAUAGGUAAAAUAGAGAGUGGGGGUGGGGUUCUACCAUGGCUAUAUUUCAGGGACUGAGAGAGGAUCAGAGAGAAGAGAGCCGGAGUUGAUAGAGAACUAGAUGCCCUCUCUGGAGGUUGGGGGACUGUCUGUUGGAGGGGAGAGAGAGAGAGAGAAAAAAAAAAAGACUUCUGGCAAACAGAAACCUACUUUACACAGUUUCUGAGGACUGCUGAGUGUUUACAUGGUUGGAGGGCAACCUCAGCUGAGUCCACAUUGUCACCUUGGAGGGCUGGGACCUGAUACUGACCCAUUCAGUUAUGAAAAACAGAAACAAACUAACCAGACACCAACAGAGCAAACAAAACCGCACAAAGCAGCAACAAGGAAACCCUCAACGUUUUCAUUUCAGCUACAAUUUUGGGUUGGGCCACAUUGGCAGCUGUUCUUGGCCACAUAUGGCCGGAGGUCUGUUAAGACAGCCCUGCCGAGGCAACGGUAAUUAGUGCCUGAUGUCUGCAUAGGGUUUCUUGGAUUUAAAAAGAGAACCUAUUUUCUGUUCUUUCCUUUUUGUUUUGUUCUAAUGGUGUUUUUUUUUUUUUCCUCUUUCUCUGGCUUCUGUUGUUGCCCCCUGCUUGCCAGUUUGCUCAUCCACCCUGUAUGUGGCUGGAUUGUUUGUGCCCAUUCCCUAUCUACCCCCACCACUGCCCACCCCCACCAGCCAGGCUCCCACCUGCUUCUGGCUGCCCAGGCUUCCAGCUCAGCAAAUUGCAUAGGGAGGAGGUAUGCACAUCUGUUAAAAUGUAAAUUGAAAAGCGUUUCCUUGGUGCUUGGGGACAAUCCCAGGGCCUCUCAUGUACUUACUAUGAGCAAACCCUCUACUUCUGACAUCCCUGGCACCCCUCUUUUGUCUUAAUUGUCUCAGCCUGAUGAAGUUUUUUUCCUAGUUUGUUUGGAAAUGUCAGAAGCAACCUUAGCCCCAUGGCAAGUUGCGUUCACAGACUGGCUCCUGCAUCUGUAGAACCUGCCCUGCUUAAUCCACCCACUGUUUAGUACAGAGCUGGUUAAAGCACCGAGUGCCAGACCCUCUGCUAGGCGUUCCUGUUCUAACAGUCUGAACCUGUCACCAAGUAUCAGGGAAGCUAGUGUGCUCAUCAGGGGACCCACUGUGAGGUUCUGGGUCUCAAGUUCUCCUGGCAGAUGUCAUGGGGGAACCCCUCAGGAGCUACCCCAGCAGCAGUACUGCUGAUCCCCAUGAGAUGGCUUUAGAGGGGCACAAAGGCACCGUGAGUUCACGUGGAAAAACAGAAAAGUGAGGUGGUUGGUUUUCCAGGGAGGCCACAGCCCUCAUAUCAGCUGGAUUUCUUAAUUUCAACCAUUGUCUAGAAAUUGCUGCUUGCAGUAAAGUCACUACAACUUGUGUGAGAGAGACCACCUUCCCUCCUUUAACACUGUUUUACUAGUCUGCACUCAGCAGGUCCCCAAGUAGCCAUGGCAACCAUGCCACCCAAUGUCAGACUUUACACCAGCAUUCUUUAUUCUCUGACCUUUGCAACCUUAAAGCCUGUCCCUGGUGACAGGCCUCCUCCAACAUGGCCAUGCCUCCUCCAACCUGGCCAUGCCUCCUCCAACCUGGCCAUGCCUCCUCCAACAUGGCCAUGCCUCCUCCAACAUGGCCACGCCUCCUCCAACCUGGCCACGCCUCCUCCAACCUGGCCAUGCCUCCUCCAACCUGGCCACGCCUCCUCCAACCUGGCCAUGCCUCCUCCAACCUGGCCAUGCCUCCUCCAACCUGGCCAUGCCUCCUCCAACAUUGCCAUGCCUCCUCCAACCUGGCCAUGCCUCCUCCAAUAGGCCACACCUCCAAUCCUUCCCAAACAGGUCUACUAACUGGAGUCCAGCAUUCAAAUAUAUGAGCCAAUGGGGGCCAUUCUUAUUAGAACCACCAUAAAUGGCUAGGAUAAUGCUGUUGAGGUUGUGGUUUUAAUCUUUUCCCCCCUUGACUUGACUAGGAACAUUUUCUGUGAGACUCUUGCAGUUGUGCCUGGCCCUCACAGCAUCUAGGUUCACUUCUGUCUCUCACCUAGAUGUCUAGUGUGGAGCUGGAGCAAUGGCUAGAUUUAAUUGGCAACUUUACACAACCUAGAAUCACCUAAGAGUCUCUGAAGGAUGGUCUAAAUUAUCCUGACUUUGAGCAUGUCUUGGGGGGGGGUGUUGUUUUGAUUACAUUAAUUGAUAUAGGAAGACACUGCCCACUGUGGGUGGCACUGUUACCCCACUCCCAAGUCUGGGUUCUGGGUGUUUAGAAAAGGUAAGCUGAGUAGCAAGUGUGUAUCCAUUCUCUCUGCUCCUGACUGUGGAUGUGAUGUGAGUAGCUGGUUGAACUCCUGCCUCAGUUUCCCCGCGGUGAUGGACUGUGACCUGGAAUUCUAAGCUGAAUAAACCCUUUCUCCCCUAAACUGCCUCUUUUUCAGGGCAUUUUAUCACAGGAAUAGAAAUGAAAGUAAAACAGAUUGGGUCAUGGCUGCUGUGAGCUCCUUGAUGUGGGGACCCACUGUAAGGGCAGUGGGUGCUGGGAACCGAACUUAGGUUCUCUGAGAGAGAGGAGUAUGCUCUUAACUCUGAGCCAUCCAGUCACCUCGUCAGUCCUAUUUAAAAAAGGCUUCCUUUGUUAUUUUAAAAUGCUGUGUGUGUGUGUGUGUGUGUGUGUGUGUGUGUGUGUCUGUGUGUGUGUGUGUGUGUGUGUGUGUGUGUGUGUGUGUGUGUGAGAGAGAGAGAGAGAGAGAGAGAGAGAGAGAGAGAGAGAAAGGGUGUGUGUCUGUGUUCAUGCACUUGUGAGUCCAGGCCAAGCCCUUCAUUUUUAAAACAAUAGUUUUAUUACUUCCAAUCAUCAGGAUCUUGUUUUACUUUGAGUUUUAGGAAGGGCUUGUUUUCUCCUCUCCCUCCUCCUUCCCUCUCCUCCUUCCCUCUUCUAUUGUUUUAAAGAAAAGAUUAGAAUUUGGCAAGCCUUUGGUUUCCUAACCCUGCCUGCUCUUCCACUAAACUACAGAGCUCUAGCACACUAACUGCAACUCAGUCAGGCAGAGCGGGCUCAGACACUGCUCUCCCUCCCCUCCCUUUCCUCUCCUUCCCUCCCCUUCCUCCCCUUCCCUCCUCUUUCUUCCCUUUCCCUCCUCUUCUCCACCUUUGCUGCCCAACUCUGGCUUUUCCCCUCUUCUAAUAGGGAUUCCCCGGGUAUCCCAGCACGCCUACUGGGGUACUGCAUUUCCAAAGCCAACAGCUCCCUCUACUGGCCCGAUUUGGAGAACUACACUGAGUCAGACAAGACCCUGGAAAACCAAAUCCUCUAACACUGAGCAUCUUCCUAAUGCUGGAACCCUUUGACAUAGUUCCUCAUGUUGUAGUGACCCAAAACCAUAAAAUUAUUUUCGUUGCUACUUCAUAACAGUAAUUUUGCUACUGCUAUGAAUCAUAAUGAAAUAUCUGAUAUGCAGGGUAUCUGCCGUGUGAUCCUGUGGGAAGGGUUGAGACCCAGAGGCUGGGACCGCUGCUGUGUUUCCAUUUCUCCCCCCUUUCUUAUUAUUAGAUAUUUCCCACAGUUUCCAUUUCGAAUUCAGCUUUGCACAGAUAAAGGAAGACCUUUUUCAUCUGUCCCUGUUUUUAGUGACAGGAAGACCCUUAGCCGUAAGGGUCUUGUGCUUGUGACAAUGUUGAACGAGUUGGUGAUUGCUUACUUCGUGGCCAUUUAAUUUUAAACGAUGGGAUCAUGGUUUAUUAUUAAGGAUCUGCUAAGGGAGCGUCUCUGGAUUCACCGAGCCUGGAGUCUGCGGCAAGUUAGAGGGCUCUGGCUCACCUUAGCACACUGCGGGUCAGGGUGCAAAUGCUGAUGCCAAAACCAGAGGAUGAAUAUUGGAAGGGAUAGUGCAUCAGGUAGUCAGAUGAAGGGAGGCUGGGUGAUCUCGGUAGGGUGUAUACAGGGCCCAUAGGUUAAUAGAGGAGCUGUAGCCACAAAGGUACUUACAUAGCAGUGUUUAUGGUGGCAUUAUCCAUAACAGCUAAGUUAUAGAACACACCUAGGUGCCCAGCAGCUGGAAUGUAUGAGGACAUAUGGUAUGUGGACAUAACAGAUUUUUUUUUCAGCCAUAAAGAAGGAAGUAAGUUACAUUAGUUGCAGGAAAAUGGAUACAUAUGGAGACAAAAGUUUCCAAAAAGACAAAUAUUCUAUGUUUUUUCGUUUGUUUGUUUGUGUUUCCUUAUUCUAUACAACUAUAUGAUCAUGUACCCACACAUACACAACACCAAAGAGAAGUAAAACUGUCUAAGUCAGCAGUUCUCAACCUGUGGGGCGUGGCCCCUUUGGGGGGGGUCACACGAGCCUUUCACAGGGAUAGCAUAUCAAUAUCCUGUAUAUCAGAUAUUAUGAUACGUAGCAAUAGCAAGACUAAAGUUACGAAGUAGCAAUGAAAUAAAGAUAUGGUUUCAGGUCACCACAACAUGAGGGUCAGCAUUGAGAAGGUUGAGAGUCACUGGUCUAGGGAAGAGCAGAGACAAAUGAGCAUGGGUGGGUGAAGAGUGGAGGCAUGAGCAAGAGUCUGCCCAAUGUGCCAUGUGAGUGUGUGUAUGGAUGUGAGUGUGUGACUGUAUGUGUGAGUGUGUGUGUGUGAGUGUAUGUGUAAAAGGUUGCCCAGGCUGAAGAGAUGAUGACUCAGCGGUUAAGAGCACUGACUGCUCUUCCAGAGAUCCUGAGUUCAAUUCCCAGCAACCACAACCACAACCCACAUGGUGGCUCACAACCAUCUGUAAUGGGAUCUGAUGCACUCUCCUGGUGUGUCUGAAGACAGGUGCAGUGUACUCAUAUAAAUAAAAAUAAAUAAAUAAAACUUAAAAAAAGAAAAAACCCUCAAAGCAAACCAUAAUACAAAGGAGAGCUGUGAGGUCACCAGGUGAAGGACAAAGGCUCUGGUUGGGGGACAGAUAUUUUGCUUAGUGCUCUCUUAAUUUUUUUUAUGUUGCCUUAUAAUUUCUAAGUUAUUCCACUCUGCAUUCUCCUUCUAAUCUUGUUCUCCCCUCCAGCUUGAUGUGACAAAGCCUUACUCCCAAUGUUCUCUCUCCAGUGUUAUGAUUUCCAAUGUUAUGCCUGCCAAAGUAUCUUUCCUAGUCUUUUGUAACUUUUCUAGGAGAAUAAAUCACAUGUUUUUUUUCAAGCAUUCUUUUUUUUUUUUUUACAAAAGCUCACAUUAUUUUUGUAACAUUAUUUUUGCUGGGAGAGGUGGCUUAGUUGUUAAAAUCUCUAGAAGUUCAAACAUAAAUUCAAAUCAUAAAUUGAAUAAGAAGUUUAAAACAGAGGAUGUUUACAUGCAUAUCCAUUAAGAGUAAUUAGCUCUCCAGGUUCAUGGAGAGUUAAAGACCAUAAUUUUUGUGACUAAGUUAUAAGUGAAGUUUGUGUAGAUAAACCCAAUCAAUAUUUUAUCUUUUGUCCUUGCACCUAUAGUAAAUCAUUAUCUCCCUUUUUAUGGCCUUUGGUUAAUGGUUUUACAACCUCUUGGAAUGUGCUCUAAGUUGGAGAUGCCUGCUUGUUAUCUCAGAAGCAAUUAAUUCUUGACACUUGAAGACUGGCAGAGUUCUCAUUGCAGUUUUGACAUCAGAAAGGACUUAAUAGCAGUCCUAUUAUGAAAGAGCUUAAUAAUUACUAAUAUAAUUUUAGGAAUUCUUACAGGAUCAUCUAUAAGACAGUACAUCUUCAUCAUUCUGCAGACAUAUCUGCUCAAAAGGGUAGGUUAAUACCUAGUAAUAAAUAUAUAUAUAAAACAACAACAAUAGGAAAAGCAUAUUAAUAGCAGGAAUCUUUCUUAAAAUGAAAUUCUUCUUGGCCUUGCCUAGAGAAGCCAUUCUCUCAUUAACUUUGACAGUCCAUGGCAGAACCAUCUCAGGAAGAUCACCGUCUAGUUUUUAGCUUCUCCUAGAUAGCUCCUGGCAUUGGAGAUUGGCAGUCUUAUGCACAUGCAGGAGAUGGGGGAGGGCUUGGGAUGGAGCACAGAUGUCUGGUGGUAUCCAUCACCUAAAAAGCACUGGGGGAGAGGAACAGGCCAGAGGGGUAGAUGCUUGGGGUUUGAUGCGGGACACCCAGGAUAAAUACGCAGUAGACACGUAGACGAGAGACUAAUAGACAGAAGUAUAUGCAGGUGCAUUGGAGAUUUAGAGGUAAUAAUUGAAUACACGGAGCAUGUGGGAUCACGGAAGGGAGAUCAUGUGGGAUCACGGAAGGGAGAGCAUGUGGGAUCACGGAAGGGAGAGUAUGUGGGAUCACGGAAGGGAGAGUAUGUGGGAUGAGGAGAGUGUUUUCCCAUCAGCUGAGGAGCAGCAGCUUCCCAGGAACAAGAAAGGCAGAGAGAUGGAGGGUCAGAGGGUGAGCUUCCAGAGGUCUCAUAGAAAGACAGUUCUGCAAAAGAGGGAGGGGGAAACGGUUCAUACUGUGGCGGUGUCAAGGAACAGAAUGGACAAGCAUCUGGUUCACCACAGUAUUGAUGGACAGCUGUUGGGAGGCCGUUCAGUCACAGCUGGACGAGUGUCAGUAGCCGGAGAGCACAGGACUGAAGGUGAACCCACGUGGCUGUUCGUGUAAAGGCAGACCCAUAGGGUUAUUGUUGGAAAUACAUGCUUUCUAUUUUUAAUUAUGCAUGUGUGUGUAUCUGUGUACAUGAUUAUGGGUACCGACAAGGCCACAAGAGGGUACUAGACCCUAUAGAACAGGAGUUAAAAGAGAUUGUGAGCCUCUUGUAACUCUUUAGGUGCCAGGAACUAAACUCCGGGCCUUUGUAAGAGCAAUGCUCACUCAACAGAAGAGCCACCCUCACCCCCUCCACCCCUCGGACUGAGUAAGAUGAGAGGCUUAGACAUGCAUGCCAGCUAGCUACUGCUGGGUGACUCCCUGCCUCUGCAGAGUUGACUCAUGCUUCUGUGGACAGGCUGAGGUCUUGACUUUAUUGCUUUCAUUUAUGAUUAAACUGGGGACCCUGUCCUUGGACACUUUAUCCAGGGCAACUGUUUUGCUGGCAUUUCUUGUCAUGCUCAUUUUGGGAGUAAUGAGGCAGCUGGGGGUGGGGGGAAGCUGAGGCCCCAGGAUGGGGAGCGUCUGAGUCAGUACAUUUGAGCAUCUGCCGGCUUCCUACCUGCAAAUACUCCUUAAGGAAGUGUUCAGAACCACAAUGACAGAACCAUGAUGUCACAUAGCAAGGGGCAGGGUAAGGAACUAUGGGCCUUUCAUGUGAUUAGUAUGAACAUGUCUACAAGGAUGGUAAGACUGAUGAGCCGAGGCAAAUUGUGGCUAACUACUCCAGGAAAGCUGGCCCAGAAUGGCUCUCAAGCCGGGAGGUGUAAGAUGGUAGGUUGGCAGCUUGGCUUAUGAUGUCAUCAUGGCUCUUGCUGCCAUUACUACCAUAGAGCUGGGAAGUUGGCAAGAUUUUGAGUAACGUUAGUUUUGGUGGGACAGGUGGCUUGUUGUUAGAGUCUCUGUUAUGCAAGUGUUGAGGGUCAGAGUUCAAAUCCCAAAAUGCAUGUAAAUGUUGAAUAGAUUGUCUCAGACCGGACUGGGCUCAAUGGGCCCUUAUCAAUCGUGCUAAUCAAGGUCCCUGACAGAUGGGCAUAGAGUCCUCGAGUGACAAACAGACAGGACAGGAGAGAGUGUGUUGAAUCUGAAUGUAAUGUCACAAAGUGAACACCAGUCUUAUAUAAUACAGAAAACAAAGGGGUAGGAUGUCACAGCAGGCAAAGUACAUUGAAGUUAUCUGACACAAAACAGAGGAAUGACUUCAAAAGGACUUACAGGAACCAGGUAAUAUUCACAGUAAAGAUAAAACAGCCCUGCCUAGGGUCAACUAAUGACAGGUAAGGAUUUCACACCCUAGUCACAAUUUGUGCUACUCCUUUGAGCCUUGUGAAAGCUAGCACCAGGGGGUUCUGCUCUAGCAGACCUUCUCAUGAAUGAUGCAACACUACAACCCUCCCUAUUUCCUAGGCCUAAAUACCUGGGGUUUCAAGGGAGAGAGGGGGCAGGGACUCCUUGUGAAUGUGGGACUACUGCGGGGGGGGGGGGGGUGAGGUGGGGGAACUGAGGAGUUCCCUUCCCGUGACUCUUGUCCCUCGUGAAGUGGGAGGCGAAUCUUUUCCUGACAGAGCAGUUUGCUCUGAGGCAGGUGAUUUACCAGUUAGUUGAUAGUUCUGAGCUCCAGAGAUGGCUCAGUCUGUAAGGUGCUUGCCACACAAGCAUGAGAAUCUGAGUUCAGACCCACAGAACCCAUGUCAAAAAUCCCAGGUGUGGCAGUGCGUGUCUGCAACCCCAGCUCCAGAGACUUGGAGACAGGUUUGUUGGCUAAAUUGACAGGUUCCAGGUUCUGUAAGAGACCCUGUCUUAAAGACUAAGGUGGAGAUAGUUGCGGAAGAGACUCAAUGUUGUCUUCUAGCCUUCUGAAGUGCACACUCUGUGCACCUGCACACGUCCAUGCACGCACACACAUACACAUGCACAAAGGCAGGCGCACACACCUGGACACGCACAUCCACACACCAGAACCAAAGCAAAAAAAAAAACCCAAAGUUGGAAUUUCCCCAAAUGCAGCUUGGAGGUAUUUGAUCAGGACAUACAGACUUGAGUCAGGCUGAGAAUUGUUAAUCUACCUGCUCACGUGGAGAUGGCAUUACUGUGCCUGUGUGUGGGGGGCGGUGAGUUUAGCUUCAACGCUUUGUGCUCUCGCCUGGUUGCCAGCUUCAGCCAUCCCCCCCAGGAACACUUUGGAUCCUCGAAUGGAAAACACACCCUCGAAUGGAAAACACA